CCCAGCAGCUUCCCUGGCCCAUCUGGUUCAACACACAGAGACUGCGACACUCCGGCAGAAAACACUGAAGAUCUUUCAAGUGACUCUGACGAAUCGGAAGAUGGUUGUGAGAUGCUGGAUGGCCAGGAGACUGAAGCUGGCAUGCGUGACUCUGCCAUGGCUUCACCUCCUGCACGGGCAAAAAACAGGAAGGCGCUAACCCCAGAGGAGUUCCAGCAUGAAGUACUCGUGAAGCUGACAGUGCUGCGAAUGGUUCAAAAGCAGCAUGGGGAACUUAUACAUGGGCUGAUUGGCCGGCUUCGGUCCAAUGCUGCCAAAGGAAAUGCACCUUUAGUUUCCAGCCCGUUCUCGGAGUACGAGUCACUGAAACAGUUCGAUAACAAGUUGACUGGCCAGAUGAAAGAUGUGCUUGUGGAAGAGCUUGCCAACAAAGGUGGAAUCAAUGCUGCUGCGUGCACAAAAAGAAUUCUUUGCUACCUGCUCUGUGACAAUCUUGCAGCGGAAUUCUCAUGGCUUGGAAAAAAGGAAAGCGUAGAUUCAGCGAGCUCCGUCUUGCCUCUUGCAUAAUAAGUGCUGUGCAAAAGGUUCACGCUGCAAAUGAAUUUGCCAUAGAGGCAGCCAUUCGAGAAUGGCUGCGUCAUGCCCCAGCAAGGCGCAGGAAUGCAGCAAGAGGAUCAAGUGGUUGUGAUGAGUAGCCGUGCAGCAUGAUGAAGCCUUAAAGGGGAACUUCGUUGAAGACUUUUGUUCAGCAAUUUUUCAUUCACAUCACUUCGAAGCGUUCAAGGCGAACUUCAUUGAAGACUUUUGUUCAGUAAUUUUUCAUUCACAUAACUUUGAAGCUUUCAAGGCGAACU